AUCGUGUGAUCUUCCUUGCGCAACAAUCCUGCAGAGCGGGAGAGCCUCGAUGUCAAGGUUGUCGGCGUUACCAAGACCAAGGGAAUCUGUAUUUGCAGGUGGCAUCGACCCGUAUCGUGGUGAUGCCAAUGCAAUCUGUCCGCCAAACCUGCACGAGUGCGUCCUUGCCAUGGAAGACUGCUGCGAAGAGGCGCAUGAAGCCCAACAGCUUCUUCGAAAUGGAACAUUCGAUCUGCCCCGCAUGCGCAAGGUCCUUGAAAGCCAGAGGGUAUUCCUCCUAAUCGAUGAGGGUACAGUGCGCAGAUAUAAAGCUGAUCUCGCAGACGAGAUCGAGCCUCAGAUAAAUGAGCUUAUUGACCGUGCAGAGAAAGGUCUCAACGCUCUGAGCCGUCGAGAGGGCUUGAUUCAGAGCAAGGUUGAGGUCGCACAGACUAUGCAGUCUAAAGUCGCGACGGCGCCCACCUCAAAUAAGCGUGAAGAAAGACGCCUCCAGAUGCUCGCAAAGCAACGUCGCAGACUUGAAGAUGAAGUAAAAGUCUUGGAAUCAGAGAUACUGGCAUUGCAACACAAGAAACCUAAGAGGACUUGAUUCGACUAAGAAUGUUGCAAUCGACGCUGGGAGUGCUAGUAGCAUCUCAGAGCUGCAACUCGGCUCUCCGGUAAACACAGCGCCUGCAUAGCUCCCGGUUUACAACUAUUCUAGCCCACUUUCCCUUUGUCAUUCGUUUCGCCCACGCCUGCAACUCUUCUCGACUUUUACGUGCAAACCUUCCCCCA